CCAUCAAAGCCUGACCAGGGAGUCAGUUAAUAAGAACAUCUAUCUGCAUUUCUCUUUCCGAAGCUCGCUCGGGCCUACCGAUCUCACAGCAGUGUAGACUAACCUCUGUGAUGGAGCGGUGACAGCAAUGUAACCUCGGUGGUAGACUACAAAGUCUACGAGCUACAGCAGCACCGCCACCUCCGCUGCUGCAGAGCGCCACAUUUUGUGAGGUUAUGAGCUUCGCUUUACGCGAACACUAGGAGCUGCGGACAUCGCGACGGAGGUCAAGACAUCCUACUGCUGUGACUACAACAUCCGUCUGUGGACCUCGAGCGGAAAUCUGGAUUCGGAGAUUUGGGAGAUCAUCAACGGUCAGCGGAAACGAAAGUGAGCGCACUACUUGGUCAUAUACACCGAGGGGCUGAGAGUUCAUUAUCACACACGCUACCACUGCUGCAACAGUAGUGGGUGCUUCUGUGGUGAAAAAACAGCAAAGUGUUGCGCGGGAAGCCUCGAUUUAGACAUCGAGCCAAUACUUCUGCGGCAGAGACAGGAGGGAAGACUGUAUCAACAGCGAAAGUCGACCGGGAACCGUAGUCCUAUUCACCGAUUAUCUAAGUGAGGAAAGGGUAUCAGGAGCGGGGUCGCAAAUUGGCCUACAACCGGAGUUCUAUUCACCAAUUCUCUAUCUAGGUGAGAAAAGGGUUUCAGAAGCGGGGUCACGAAUCGGCAACCGGCGUCCUCUAUUUCAAUAGAAGGAGCGGGGCUGGAAGAAUCUCAGAGACAGAUGGCUGAGUAGACUAAUACACCAACACAAACAUUCAAGACAAGAUCAUCAGGAUAAAACCAGAAAUGGAAGCAACACCGGGAACUGGAGGCGGAGGCAGCAUCUGGAGUGAUGGAUCCACAAACCUGGCCAACGUCAUCAGAGGACUCCCCAAGUUCGAUGGAACGAAACCAGAGGACUUCAACGACUGGAUGAAGAAAUUGGACCUCUACGCAAUCCUAUUCUGCCUCGUCGAACUGCCGGCUUCACUAACCUUACACAAGCAUGACGACGACACCGGCCUUAGCGGCGACGGACAGGCAGCAUUCGCGGAACUGAAGGCCAACUACAAACGAGUGACAGAUGAAGUGAUCAGGGCUAAACUGGACGACCUGGAAAGGACUGCCAUGGAGCCAGGAGAAAACCCGGACGAUUUUUUCAACAAGGAACACCGCCUCCGCUCUCAACUAGAGAAAAUGGGGGAAACCAUCUCCGAUCGCCGCUUCAAGGACAUCUGUGUGCAAGGUUUCUCCGAGGACUACAAGGACAUCAAGAUGAUGGUUUUCCGCGACCCAUCAUUCGACGUACAACAGAUGCAAGCCACCAUGCGCAACAUCUUCCUUGACGAGCAAAUGCGCAAGAGAACCAAGGGCCAAAUCGCUGGCCGCGGAUUCGCCAUGGCUACCAAGACAUCUGGCCCCAUCUGCUUCGAGUGCCACGAACCGAGACAUGUCAGGAGGAACUGUCCCAAUCGCCAGCGGAAGGGCCAUAUGGCAAAGAAGACGAAGCCUGCGGGAGCAACCACUACACACUCCGCGAAGAGAGAAACACACGCCAAGCCUACCACAACGGACACUCCCAAAGAAACAGAGAAGACCGAGAAGGCAGAGAUCGACUUCUCUUUCGACGAAGACGCAUUCAAGGGUGGAUUCAUCACUGGUGGAUUCUGGAGCUUCUGA